AUGCUUGUUUAUUGUUUGAUUAUGUCCGUCACUUCAAGUUUCAUUGUUUAUUGUGGUUGGGCAUUGAAAAAGAGUUUACAAGAGGAAGGUAAAAGCACAAAGACGAGAAAUAUGCAGAAAGAGCUUUUUAAAGCAUUGAUCUUUCAGUUACUUGUCCCGCUUGCAACUGUUUACUUUCCCGUUUCGAUCUUCUUUCUCGCAGCGUUGCUCGGUGUAGAUGGCUGGGAUACUGAGAUUAUCACUAUCAUGGUGAUGUUCGAUCCAAUCAUUGAGCCGAUUGUCAUUAUUUACUUCAUCAAAUGUUACAGGAGGCCCAUUGCUCGUCUUCUUUGUUGCGGUCGACGUAAAGUGUGCGGUUCUUGGACGCAAGAAACAAAUCGCUACUCUACUGGAGAGACGGCGACAAAAACGAGUCGAAAUCAGAUCGCACCUGAUGUAUCACAAAGCAAAGAAGCUUACUCGAAUGCUUCUCUUCGGGGAAAUUCU